AUGCAGGCCUGCCGCCGCUUUUCUACGCCUGCAAAUGCGCUAGUGCGCACCAGCUAUGCUCACAGAGCACUCGCACUCCCGCGCUCAGCACAAGCAAACACCCACGACCUACGACCACUCCUAAUACAGACUCUAAACCUGCGCUUCAGCUCGACACAGACCCAGUCCGCCCUCCAACCCACCAGCUCAAGCGUCAAUGCGCCCCUCUCCACUCUCCCCGCGCCUCUCGAACUCCCUACAAAGGACCGCGACGCCUCAACCUUCUCCUACCUCCUCAAGACCGGCAAAGCCUACCUCUCCUUCUACAAAACCGGUCUCAAAAACGUCUACCACAACUUCAUCAGCACCCGCCCGCUCCAAACCCGCAUCGACAAGCUCGGCUCCGGCCGCAUCACGCCGCUCGUCGCCCACAACGCCAUCACCCGCUCCGAGUUCCAGCACAUCAUGCGCUCGCGCCACGACACGCGGCGCAUCCCCGUCUUCGCCGUCGUGUUCCUCAUCUUUGGCGAGUUCUCGCCGCUCAUCCUGCCCUUCAUCUCGUCCGUCGUGCCCUGGAACUGCCGCAUCCCGAGCCAGCUCCAUGGCGACCGCGUCAAGCUCGAGAAGCGCCGCGAGGAGGCGUUUCGCACCUUUGCGGCGCCGGAGGGCGUGGAGAUGAGGGAUGUGUAUGCGUUGGGCAGGAGUGAGCUGCUCCAUGUGAGUAAUGUGCUGGGGAUCACGUCGACGAAGUGGCCCGGCGCGCUGGGGCUGCCGCCGACGGCGUGGGUGAGGUUGAGGGUUAGGAGGAGGGUUGAGUAUCUCGAGAUUGAUGAUACGCUGCUGGAGCGUGGUGGCGGCGUGGAUGCGCUCGAUGGAGGCGAGGAGUUGAGGAUGGCUGCGGUUGAGCGUGGGCUAGAUGUGGUCGAUAAAUCAGACCGAGUCCUGCGCGAGGAGCUGAAGCAUUGGUUUGCCGCAAAAGAGAGGGCCGGUGGGAUCACGCCGGCGUUGUGGCUCACAAGGCCAUCAAAGUGGCUACCUCCUGCAGAACCGUCAUCCGCGGCCGUGGAAGCGGGUAAGAGAAGGGUUUAUAACCCAUAG